UGCAGAGAAAGGGAAGCGGCCAUGAAGGCAUAAGCUGGCCAGGGCGGCUGGACAGGGGGCGGGGACAGGGAGGGGGACAGAGAGGACGACUGGUGUUCACAACUCUAACCCUCUGCCCCUCCCCAGCUGAGCCCUGCCUUGUCUGAGGGGCCAUGUCUGAAGGGGAGAGCAAGGACAGCUCGGGCAGCGAGUGCCCAGUGUGCUACGAGAAAUUCCGGGACCUGGAGGGCGCCAGCCGGACGCUGAGCUGCGGCCACGUGUUCUGCCAUGACUGCUUGGUCAAGUACUUGCUGUCCACCCGGGUGGACGGGCAGGUGCAGAGGACCAUCGUCUGCCCCAUCUGCCGCUAUGUCACCUUCCUCAGCAAGAAGAGCUCCCGCUGGCCCUCCAUGCUGGACAAGAGCUCCCAGACCCUGACUGUGCCCGUGGGCCUGCCCGUGCCCCUGCCCUCCGUCCCCUCCCCGGAUCGUGUGGGCCACACAAACCCCCUGGCCAUCUCCCAGCCGGUCUGGAGGUCAUCCUCGAACCAGGGGGCCCAGCUGCCCUUGGACCUGCUGCCCAGCCUGCCCCGAGAGUCACAGAUCUUCAUCAUCAGCCGCCACGGGAUGCCCCUGGGGGAGCAGGACAGCGUGCUGCCGCGGCGCAGCCUGGCAGAGCUCUCGGAGGUGUCCCCGGCCCCCAGCGCCCGCCGCUCCUUCUGCUGCCGCUCACGGGCGCUCCUGCUCAUCACCCUCAUCGCCGUGGUGGCCGUGGUGGCUGCCAUCCUGCCCUGGGUGCUGCUGGUGAGGAAGCAGGCAUGAGUGGUGGCACUGGACGAGACGGUGGGAGGAGGCCUGGCCUGGGCAGGAGCGGACUGGGUGCCCCAAAGCUCUGAGGGGCUGAGGCAGUGUGGGCACGGGGUGGGGCUGGGCUGGAAGUCUGCUGGCUGUCUCCUUACACACACACACACACACACACACACACACACACACACACACACACAGAGCCGGACCCAGUAGGGGCUUAGGCUGGCCAGUUAGGCUGGGGGCUGGAGAUCCCUAAGGCUGGAUUAGGUGUGGCUUCCAUGUACACCCCUGCAAAGAGCCCUUCUCCAGGCGGGAAGAUGGCUGGUCCCCACCCUCUGAUGGGCACCUUACCUGCCAGA